AUGUCCGAGACAGACUCUGGCGCAGAACACGACGACCCCGACCCCUCGACACCCGACUUCUCAGCCUGUCCACCAAUCUUUGUCUUGCAGACGCACCUCACCAUCGAGUCCCUGCACGCCAUCGAGGAGGAGCUCGUCCGCCGCAACGCACGGCUCACCUACGACAUCGACGAGCCCGCGCUCAUCCUCGGCAAGCUCAGCCAAGCCAAGCGCGCAGCCCUGGAAUUGCGCACGCUGGGCGUGUGGACUGAGCCAGCCCGAAAGUCGGACGAGCCUCCGCCGGCCAAACGCCGCCGAGGCAAUGGCAAUGCCCUAAGCAAAGAAGCGGAGGUCAUCGACCUCAACACGGAGACGGAGGACGAAGAAGACGGGAUGAGCAGCCAUGCUUCCUCGACGCAUCUCCGCCCUGCCAACCCGACUACAGAGACGCCCACCCUGACAGUAGUCAAACUGGACUGGCUGCACGCCUGCCUCCGCACCAACACCAUCCUCCCAACAGACGAGUACACAGUCUACCACGCGCGACGCAUCGAGCGUCCGCCAGCACCAUCCCCCCCAACCCAGACCCUAAAGGCGCAAACGCAAACCUCCAUUCUGGCCCGCGCCAAAGCAGACGCCUCAAUGCAGCCCCCGGCCCCUCAACCCACACGCCCCUACCAGUCCUACCACCAGCGCCACCACCAAAAGGCGCACCCCCGCACGCAGCCCACGCAGUCCACGCACCCCCCCAAACUCCACCGCACCACCACCUCCGAAGCCGAAGACCUCGGCAACCUCCCACCACCCCCGGCCUGGGUCACCGCACCCCACAACGCCUACGCGUGCCUGCGCUCAACGCCGCUCCACCCGCCCAACGAACCCUUCAUCAACGAACUCCUCACCAUCCGACACAUCCGGGAACUCACCCUCGACGAGAUCGGCGUCCGCGCCUACAGCACCGCCAUCGCAAGCAUCGCCGCAUACCCGUACCCGCUCCGCCGGCCCGCCGAAGUGGCAGGACUACCGGGGUGCGACGCCAAGAUCGCGAACCUGUUUUACGAGUUCCAGCAACAGCAGUCCUCCGCAUCCAGCUCGAUCCUCACCGCCACGCACCCGCUCACCACCGACCCGACGCUGCGCACCCUGCACACCUUCUACAACAUCUGGGGCGUGGGCGCCAAAACGGCCCGGGAGUUCUAUUUCACGCGCGGGUGGCGCUCGCUCGACGACAUCAUCGAGUACGGAUGGGCCAGCCUGAGCCGCGUGCAGCAGAUCGGGGUGAAGUUCUACGACGAAUUCCAGGAAGGCAUCCCCCGGGCCGAAGUCGAGGGGAUUGCGGCGGUGGUGCGACGGCACGCUGAUGCUGUGAUCGCCUCCCGCCGCAACCCCCACGACCAGGGGUUUCGGGCAAAGGGGGUAGAGUGCAUCAUCACCGGCUCGCACCGCCGCGGCAAGCCGUUCUCCGGCGACGUGGACCUGAUCCUCUCGCACCGCGACGAGGAUGCCACGAAGGAUUUGAUCGGGGAUGUGCUGCGCCGGCUGGAGGGGGAGGGGUGGAUCACGCAUACGCUGGCGCUGCAUCAGGGCCAUUCUGCGCGCGAGCAGGCUACUCUUCCUUUUCGGAACGACAGUGCGGUGCACCGGAAGAUGUUUGAUAGUUUGGAUAAGGGGUUGGUUGUUUGGCAGCUCCCUCUGGGGUAUUCUUAUGGGGGCAAGGGGGAUGAGCUGGCGAAGGGAGAGGGCGAGGGGAGUCCGCGCCCGCACCGCCGGGUGGACAUUAUUAUCUCGCCGUGGCGGACGGUGGGGUGCGCGGUGCUGGGGUGGUCGGGGGAUAAGACGUUCGAGCGGGAUUUGCGGCGCUUUGUGAAGCAGGAGCGCGGGUGGAAGUUUGAUUCGAGCGGGGUGCGCGAGCGGAGGAGUGGGGGGUUGGUGGUUGAUUUGGAGGGGGCGGGGGAGACGUGGGAGGAAAGGGAGCGGUUGGUUAUGGAGGGGUUGGGUAUUGGGUUUCGGGGGCCGGGGGAGAGGUGUACUCGCUAG